UGUGUCAUUCAAGAAUGUAUUGGCCAUUAAGGCUGAAUUUAUUCCCUUACUACCAGAAAUCGUUCCCCAUGUCAGGGUUGAGAUGUAUCACCAAAGCAAUGUAAACAGAUUUGUAUGACCAACAAUGUCCAUAUGAAACCUUUUGUUAGUGCACAUGUUCUCACUCAAUAAUGUCUAAAACAUUUCAGUUAAUAUAUUGGUGCAGCACUUGGUAGAAGAUAAGAAUGGAUACAGAGUACCUCAAGAAAUGCAUAGGAAAAUGCUUAGCUGAGGGACUUGCAGAGGUGGCAGAGCAUCGGCCAGCAGACCCAAUUAAUUAUCUGGCAUACUGGCUUUACAAAUACAAGAAAAAUUUAAGUAAAGAAGAAGAGAGGAAGGUAGAGAGGGACCAGCUGAUACGAGAUCGUGCAAAGGCCCUGAUAGAACUGGAAAUGGUACAAAAACUGAAAGCAGAAGAGCUCCUGAUCAAGCAGAAAACUGAAGCACAUUAUCAGCUACUUGCCUAA